AUGUCCGACUCCAUCCCAGCGAGCUUCAAGCCUGCCCUCAUUAUCCACGGCGGCGCAGGCAAUAUCCAACGUUCGAGACUUCCUCCGGACCUCUACGCUCAAUACCAUGCGUCCCUCCUCUCCUACCUCCGCUCAACGAAAGACCUCCUGAACAGCGGCGCCAGCGCCCUAGACGCAGCCGUCCACGCCGUCUCAUUGCUGGAAGACGACGAGCUCUUCAACUGCGGACGCGGCAGCGUGUUCACCUCGGCAGGGACAAUCGAAAUGGAAGCCUCCGUGAUGGUCACAACCGUCAACAAGACCACCGACGAGAUAGCCGGCUCCAUCAAACGAGGCGUGGGCGUGAUGGGGCUAAGAAACGUCCGGCACCCGAUCCAGCUCGCCAGGGAAUGUCUCCUCCGAACAGGCCACGACGCCAACGGCAACCCGAACGGCGACGGCGGGAACGUGCACUCGCAGCUCAUGGCGCCGUACGUGGAGGAACUCGCUCGUGCGUGGGGGCUGGAGUUCAAACCGGACAGGUGGUUCUGGACCAAGAGGCGGUGGGAGGAACAUCGGCGCGGGCUGAAUGGGGAGGCGGAGCCCGUCUCCAUGAGCCAGGGGACGGUCGGGUGUGUGUGUCUCGAUCGGUGGGGGAAUCUGGUUGUUGCGACGAGUACGGGCGGGCUGACGAAUAAGCUUCCGGGGCGGAUUGGGGAUACACCGACGCUCGGGGCGGGGUUUUGGGCUGAGGCGUGGGAGGAGGUGUUGCCCGAGGCCGAGGGUAUGGGUAUGGUAUACCGGUCCUCAAUGUCGGACCCGCGCGAUGCGGAGGAUGCUUCUUCGGGAACUGCAGCCAUUAAGCGGAUGGUAGCCGAGUGCAUCCCGCCGGUGGUGAACAGGUUGCUGUGGCCGGAUACGCGCUUACGCAGUCUAGAGCACAGCUCCGAGAAACAGGCACUCCUUGAGCAGGAAGGUUUGCCGCGGCGUGUCAAACGACGAGCCGUUGCGCUGUCAGGGACCGGAAACGGGGACUCCUUCCUGCGCGUUGCGGCGGCUCGCACCGCUUGUGCUAUGCUUCGAUACUCCCAGGCAUCGGUUCCUCGUUCUCUCGCGGACGCCGUUAGUGCGGUUGCCGGCCCUGAUGGAGAACUUCAGCGUUCCGCGGGCCGCCGAUGGGGCAAGACUGGGGAAGGUGAGGCGGGAAUCAUUGGGAUCGAGGCCGAGACUGUUUUGGAUGCUACUGGUGCCGGUCUGCACGCAGAGCAGCAGAAGAGCCUGAGUCGGGGGAAGGUGGUGUUUGAUUUCAACUGCGGAGGGAUGUGGCGAGCAUGGGUGGAGGAAGAUGCUACUGGGAAGGAUGUUGAGAGGGUAAUGGUUUUCAGGGAGGAAUACCAGUAG